CCAUGGAGAGGUGACGGGCCGACCCCAGCCACCCCCCCUCCGUCCCUUUACAGAAUGGCUAAAGGGAGGCGCUUCAACCCGCCUUUGGACCAGGACGGCAGAUGGUUCCCCCACAUCGGGUUGCCACAGAAGACGCCGGAAUCCAUCACCAGGGCCACGCUGAAAGAGCCCCGCAGCCCGCGAGCCUCUCGGCAGGCGGAGGAGAAGCUGCCGCCCAUCUACAAAGUCCGAGAGAAGCAAGCCGUGCACAACAGCUUCCCCUUCUCUGUCCACGACAAUCGGCACAGCUUCCAGAAUUCUGGAUUCUACCUUGACUCCGGCCUGGGACUCAGGAAGGUCUCCCCAGAAAAAAGGCAACAUGCUUCGAAAAAUUUCAAUCUUUGGGCGUGUGACUACGUUCCAUCUUGUCUCGAUGGCUUUUCAAGUUACCAAAUAUCGUACGUCUAUCGGGAAGCUGUGGUGGUCCCGAUUUUCAGACGCUUUCCAAGACAUUACGAUGAGAUAUGGAGCUCCUUCAGGUUUAUUCCUGAGCGGAGCUACGCAGAGUUUUUGAAAAAGAAUCCGAAAGUAAGGUUCGCUGUUGACAAAAAGGCUGAUUCUUCACUGGAACCCUAACCCUUCCAGAAGAUCCUCGAUGCGUUUUGUAGCACUGGUGCUCGAUGGGACGGUCUGACCCAGCGCUCCCAAUUGCCGCAAGGUUCGUUUAGGGUUGGACGUUGCACACGU